AGUACUCACACCAGAUAACUAAUAUACAAUACUAUACACCCACCUCCAUCUUCUCUCUGUUUUUAUGUUUUUGGAUGAUAUUUUUUUUACCUCUUUUCUUUGUUUCUUUCGUUUUCUUUUCCUUUUCCCCUUUCGGUACUUUCACGUGAUUCUCACUGUGCCAUGCACUUCACUUCCCUCUCCUUCACAGCUAAACACCUAAACCCUACUCCAUUAAUGCACGCCAGCCUUCCUCCCAUCUCAUCCCACAAAACCCCCACACCUUUCUGCAAAUUCUCAUUUCUAGCUUAUUAAGCUUGUUCCCGUUAAAAAUGGCGGCGGCCGCGGAAGUAGUAGUAGUAGUGGUGGCAAUACUGCAACUCUUUGCAGUUAGUGUUUCUGUUUCUGAUCAUUCGCAUUUGCUUAUCCCUUCCGACGCUUCUGCAUUGUUGGCGUUCAAGGUGAAGGCGGAUUUGGACGGGAAGCUUCGGUUUUCAUCGAAUAACUCCGCCGCCGUGGCGUUUUGUCAGUGGAGUGGAGUUCGGUGUAGUCGAGGUAGGGUUGUUCGGGUGGUUUUUCAAGGGGUGGGUCUUUCCGGCGGAUUUGCGCCGGGAACUCUCUCGGAGAUUGACCGGCUCCGGGUACUGAGUCUCAGGCGGAACUCGUUAACCGGGCCAAUUCCCGAUCUUUCCGGUUUGGGUCGCCUGAAAUUCCUGUUUCUUGACCAUAAUUUGUUUAGCGGCGCGAUUCCGCCGUCGAUUUCUGGUCUCCGCCGUCUCAAAAUCCUCGAUCUCUCCCAUAACCGGAUAGCCGGAGCCGUCCCCGUCGGCAUCAACGGUCUGGAUCAGUUGGAGAAUCUCCGGCUGGAAUCCAAUCUUCUCAACGGUCCAGUCCCGCCGCUCAACCUGAGUAAUCUCGACACCUUUAACAUUUCGCUCAACAGACUCUCCGGUCCGGUUCCGGUGACGCCGACUUUAUCCCGGUUCAACAACUCAUCAUUUUUCUCCAACAAAGGACUCUGCGGUAAGAUAGUCGGAAAAGAAUGCCAUUCGGUGCAGCCCUUUUUUCCGCUGUCAAUCUCCGCCGCAAAGCCGCCGCCGCCUACGGCGGCGCUCGGCCAAAACGCGGCGGCACAGCACGGCGCCGGGCUACACAGCGUCGUCCGGAAAAAUCCGUCCAAAAGAUCCUUCCUCAUCAUCGCGGUGUCAGCGAUGGGGUCUUUAGCACUCGUUUCCGCAAUCCUCUGUUUCGCUCUGGCCACCAGAAAGAUGGGCGGCGGCAAUCAAAUCUCCUCCUCAGCUCCAAAACCGGCGCCGGAGUCGAGCAGCGCCGCCGCCGCCACGAGAACCGAGGAGGAGGAGGCGGAAGAGAAGGCGAAGAAAGUCCAAGAAGGAAUGCGAGCGAUGGGGAAGAGCGGGAACUUAGUGUUCUGCGCCGGCGAGCCUCCGGCGUACACGCUGGAGCAGCUGAUGACGGCGUCGGCGGAGCUUCUUGGAAGAGGAACAAUGGCGACCACGUACAAGGCGGUGCUGGAUAACCGCGCGGUGGUUUGCGUGAAGAGAUUGGACGCCGGAAAAGUGGCCGGCACGAAUAAGGAUGAUUUUGAACGGCACAUGGAAUCGGUGGGCAAAUUGAGACAUCCCAAUUUGGUUGCUCUAAGAGCUUAUUUUCAUGCCAAGGAAGAGAGGAUUUUGGUGUAUGAUUACCACCGCAAUGGCAGCCUUCAUUCUCUUAUCCAUGGUGGUACAGCGAAGCCGCUACACUGGACAUCAUGCCUGAAAAUAGCGGAGGAUGUAGCGCAAGCGCUGUCGUAUAUCCACCAAGCAUGGCGGCUAGUCCACGGCAACCUCAAAUCCUCCAACGUCCUCCUCGGAUCGGACUUCGAGGCCUGUCUUUCCGACUACUGUCUCUCCGUCCUCGCCAACCCCAUCUCCGACGACGACGAAGACCACGGCCCCAAUUCUGCCCCCGAACUUCGCCGCUCAAACCGCCACCGCCGCCCCACCACCAAGUCCGACGUUUACUCCUUUGGGGUUCUUCUGCUAGAGCUUCUCAGCGGGAAGCAGCCGCCGGAGCACCCGUUUCUGCGGCCGGAGGAAAUGGUGGAGUGGGUGAGGGCGGUCAGGGAAGACGACGGCGGUGGGCAAGACGGGGAUCGGACGGAAAUGAUUCUUGAAGUGGGUAUGGCUUGCCGGAUUAGCUCGCCGGAGCAGCGGCCGGAAAUGUGGCAAGUGUUGAAGAUGAUACAGGAGAUCAAAGAUGGUGUGAUCAUGGAAGACUGUCAAGAAAUGGACCUACUUACUGGGACUUAAUUGAUUGUACUACUAUUUUUAUUUAAUUUGAGUAGGUCAUCAAAUAGGUAUGGUGCCCAUUAUAUCCCAUAUAAGUUAAAAUUGUACAAUUAUAGUGGUAUAGUUUUUUACUCGUGGUGCAAUUUUAACAGUAAAAUUUGAAUCUCAAUGUAAUAAUCAAGAUUUGAUAUGUAA